AUGAUGGAGUUCUGGUUGAUUUCGGUUCCUCUGGAUAAAAUCAGCUGUCAGUCUUUAGAGAAACUCAAACGGGUCGCAGCUAAAUCAGGUCUGGCCACGAGCUCCAGAUUCCAUGUCCCAGAGCUCAAGGUAGGAACACUGGAUGUGCUGCUGGGGGUUUCUGAUGACCUGUCCCGACUGGACUCCUAUACAGAGGGUGUGAUGCGUCAGACGUCUCAGUGUUUGGGUGAGGUGAUGGAAGAGUUCAGUGGAAAACUCCUGGAGAGCAUGCUGGCCAAUGGAGUGGACUUGGCAACAUAUGUGACCAGAUUUCAGUGGGACAGAGCCAAAUACCCCACUGCACAGCCCCUAAAGACCCUUAAUGACAUCAUCUCCAAACAAGUUUCUCAGGUGGACACUGAGUUGAAAUCACGCAGGGCUGCUUACAGUCACGUGAAAGCCAGCAUUCAAAGCUUUGAGCGAAAAAAUGAGGGAAGCUUGCAGACCCGUGCAUUGACCAAUAUUGUGAAGAAGGAGGACUUGGUCUUGAAUUCAGAGUACCUCACAACACUGCUAGUUGUGGUGCCCAGGACGGCGUAUGCACUAUGGGAGAAGACAUAUGAGUCGAUGUCAAUGUUUGUGGUUCCUCGUUCCAGCCGGUUGUUGGUUGAGGAUGCAGAAGCAGGGAUUUUCACAGUAACACUGUUUAAGCGUGUCAUCAGUGAAUUCAAAGCCAAAGCCAAAAAUCGCAAGUUUACAGUGCGGGAAUACAACCCGGAUGAGGCCGAGAAGCAAAAGCAGGAGAUGGGUCGUCUCGCUGUGGAUAAGAAAGAACUGCAUAGAACAUUUGUGUGUUGGCUGAAGGUGAACUUCAGUGAGAUCUUUGUGGCCUGGAUUCACGUCAAGGUCCUUCGGACAUUUGUUGAGUCAGUUCUCAGGUACGGUCUGCCGGUCAGUUUCCAGGCUGUUUUGUUCCAGCCCAGUAAGAAGAGUAUGAAGCAGCUUAGGAAGCAACUCAACUCUUUAUUCAAACACCUCGACCCAGCAGCUGUGACCGGUAAACCAGACGUGGGGCUUGAAAUCCCAGACGGAAGCACCGGACAGCAGGAAUAUUACUCCUACAUUUGUUAUCCUAUCAAAAUUAAUUUGGUGGAUCCAAGUUAGUGCUAAAUCAUGGAAUGAACUCAGGAAUUUUUGAAGUUAUUU